AGCAACCCGACCUACUUUAGGAGGUAAUAAACUAAAAUAACUGGUGGCACAGCAGAACAGAAUAACCUAAUAUCAACAUGCUCGUUGUAUAGAAUGAAUCAAUACCAGCGUCGUGUAUGGUACAAGAAAAGUGAAACAAGAUAACCAGCUGCAAAACAAGAACAGUAUAUGUACGUCUCGGUAAAUAAUGAGAAUAAGGAGAUUUGAAAGCACAUGGCCUCUUCAUCGAAAAACAUGGCCUCCUCAUCAAUCGGAAUAGAUGAGCGUUCCUCUUCACCGCUGGACUUGGAUGCUUUAGCCAGAGAAGCGCAACCGACAGGCUUGGUCAAGGUUCAUAGGAGGGUGACGAUCGCAAGCCACAUAUUCGAGAACACGCUCAUUCGCUUGCUACUGAUUCCUUCAGGCUUUCACUUCGAGGAUUUGCAUAGAGGAGUUUGUGGGGAAGAACAAGAUGCUGGAGAACCGCAGACUGCUUCUAUUAAGGAUACAGGCUUUUGAUGGUGUUUCUCUUACGACCGUUUGUGUCUUGACUCACCCAAGGGAGAAAAGCAUAUAACAAACUAAGAGGGUAGACUAACACGACCAAGGUCCUUCUGCCUCUAAUCCAUCUAAGCGCAGUCUUUUGCUAGUUGUACGAGAGGGUGAACAUAUCAUUGUGGCACUCGACGGCGUGCGCGCAUCAUGUGAGGAAGGGCUUGGUGUCGGGAACUACUUCGAGGUUCCACCCAUGUGCCAUUAUGUUAUUCAUAACACUGGAAAGUCAUCAGCACAAAUCAUCAUGAGGACAAGAAUAUGACUUGAAUCUGAAUCUUUCGUUUUGACGAUGCGUGGUUCUUGUAAUAUCUGCUUUGCGGUUCUUAAAUGUUAUAAUAUCUUAU